GGUAGCCUCCUCCUGCGUCACAGAUAUUGCUGAGCAGAAGAGACGCUACACCAAACUUGUGGCUGCAGAUGUGUAGCCCGGGAUUAUCCAACAAAUCACGAACUGAUGGAAAACACACAACGUCAUGAAAGAGUUUGACACCGUUGGUGGUGAAAAUGAUGCUGAUCGUAAAGAAAAUGAGGAGGAGGCACCGAUCAGGCGUAGUUUCUCGGUUGAAGACCUCCUUGAUGAGGUGGAGAAGAUCUGUUACGAUGCCUCAGGGACGUCAAAGGCGGAGAUGGUGGUGCGCCUGUGGAAGGAUGGCUUUUCUGUGAAUGAUGGGGAAUUUCGCAGCUACUCAAUACCAGAGAAUCAAGACUUCCUGGAUGCCAUCAAAAGGGGGGAGCUCCCGGCAGAGUGGGAGAGCAGAGCAGAGGAGGAGGAGCUGGAGAUCAGUGUGGAGGAUCUGACCGAGGAGGAUUAUGUUCCCAAGAAAAAGGCCUUCCACCCCUUCAGCGGCAGAGGUUACAGACUUGGCAGUGUUGCACCCAGAGUUGUGGCCAGGUCACCAUCUGUGCACGAGGAUGGAGAAUCUCCUCCUAUUCCCAUGGUAACACUAGACCACGCCCUUCCUGUCACCUCCCUGCAGAUCUGGUUGGCCGACGGCAGGAGACUGGUGCAGAGGUUUAACCUAUCGCAUCGGAUCUCUGACGUCCAGGAUUUCGUCGCACGCUCCCAGAGGAGCUGCCCACCUUUCGUACUGACGACAUCGCUCCCUUUCCGAGAGCUCAACGACAAAGAUCUUAGCCUAGAGGAGGCGGAUUUGGCGAAUGCUGUCAUUGUCCAAAGACCCCUGAACACACAGGCUCCGUUUGGACACUCCUGACUAAAAAAGGGCAUAUAUUUCAUGCAUCAUACCUCUUUUACCCACGCACACUGUCACCUCACAACGACCCCGAUGGCAGACUAAAGGCCUCUGAUAACUCAUUAAUCCUUUGUUUAUUCUGCAGUUUGUGCGACAUUUCAUGAUUGUUACCGCCUCUUUAGUUUGUUAAUCUUAGUGGGAGAUAAUCUGCGGUCUAAUGGAGACGUUGUCUGUUUGGGUGCUGCAUCUAUGAAUGUGUUUUCAAUGCUUAAUUUGUCUUCUGGAGAACAAUAUUUACCUGUCAACACGUGUCCCUAAGUCCCCAAACUUAGGAAAAAUAAUGUCAAGGAAAACCAAUUGUGUUGCCUCUGCAGAUGGAAAACCAUGUGUGUGGCCAUUUAUUUGUCUACUGCAUUUCUUCUUCCCUCACACAUUUACACACCACCAGCACCGCUAACCAACUCUCCAAAGUCUUCCCAAACUGUGAUCACCAGUUUUUUCUGCACUAUUUAUAUGAACAAAUAAGGGUUUGUAUCACUAUGUUUACAGUUAUUUUAAGUGGAAAACAUGUUUUAUUUGCACGUUUUAAAGAGGUUAGAUGGGAAAGAUGUCUGCUUGUUAUUUAUGCUGACCUUGCUGUUAAUGUCUAUCCAUUAUUUUUGCCUUAAUUUGCAUAUUAUGUGAAUAUUUGCCUUAAUUCAGAAUGUAAUGUUUUUUUUUUUGAGUGCAUCAGUUGAAUACUGUGGAAGCCCUAAGUGGACAUACAUCUGUGCAUUUGAUUUACUCUGUUGUCCAAUGAUAAUGAGUAAUUUCUGGUUGUUUUCAUGAGAUCUUGACUUAUUUAUGUCUUUAUCUCAAGAUAACAAUGUUUAUUUUUCCCGUGACAACUUGUUAAUUUUGCGAUAUCUUGAGAAAAUUACCAAAAUCAAAUAGUUAUCACAGGAUAACCAGUGUUGUUCUCUCUAGAUAAUGAGGUGAAUAUGUCGAGAUCAGAAUAAAACAACAUAAAUUUACUCCUUAUUACAGGAAACUGGAGUAAAAUGAAAUGUAUUCAGGCAUGUCCUCUAAAGGCUUCCGUAGAAGACAUAUCACAAAUCAAGCAACAAUAAAAAAUCCUCUUCAAAA